CUUCCCAGUUGGAUUUUUCUGUAUGGACACGAAAACGAAACGAUGGGGGGAUUGAUCGUCCCUUCUUAUUGACAAGCAAAAUUCUCUGUUCAUGAAUUCUUGGGUUCUAAUAAUAAUUCUCUGUGUUUGUGCUUAAAAACGAUAAAUAAUUUCAACCCAUUAAUGUUCGGAACAAUUCUCACGAGUUAAAUUCAAUUUCAGAUAAACAAGAAAUGUGAAAACACGGAUUAAUAUUUUUUUUUUCGAGAGGGAUUUCGAUAUUCAUUACGUGAAGGACGGAAAAUCAGUAGAGAAAGAACAAAACAGAGACACCUCUUUUUUCUUGGUUUGGCUUUCUAGAGGAAGAAGAAGCUUUCAAGCAAGCCUAACAUCCCCCUUUCUCUUCGCUUUGCUGGAAUCAAUCCUCCCAAUAAUUUGGAGGAGGCAGAUUGAAGUCUCUGCUCUCAUGACUCUUCGUUCUGCAAAUUGAGGGACGUAGAUUCUGGACAUGGAAAUUCUCUCGCACAAUUUUGCACCAUGCUGUCGAGUUGCGGGUAUGAGAUGGAAUUCGAACAAUAAGCAUCUGAAUUCUAGGCAGGCUAAGCUUGUGGGUGGGAAAAGAAGUAAAGUUUCGCUUGUCAGGAUCCAUAAAAGAGUUCAGUGUGCAAGCCUGUCUGCAGGAGGUCAUCCUGGCCUAAACCAUUCUAGGACCAGUAUUACCGUUAAAUCUUCGAAAACCCUCCAAAGUUCCAGAAAUGCAGACUUGAAGGUCUCGUGUGGAAGUUACAAUGGGUAUGUGAUUGGUGGGGGAGAGGAUGCUAGCAGUAUUCCUGAAGAAGGGGAAUCCAAGGCCAAGGUUUUGAUUCCGGCUUUGCCUGAUGAAUCCAAUGGCGAAUGUGGAGCUCCUAUAAGCAGCUGUUUUUGGGAGUGGAAACCGAAGCUAACUGUGCACUAUGAGAAAGCAGGGUGCGAAAACGUGGGGUCCCCGCCGGUGUUGUUUCUUCCUGGUUUUGGGGUUGGUUCAUUUCAUUACGAGAAGCAGUUAAAGGAUUUAGGUCGCGACUUUAGAGUAUGGGCAUUGGAUUUUCUCGGGCAGGGAAGGUCAUUACCAUUUGAAGAUCCUGCACCUCAGCAUCACAGAGAAAAUGACCCGGAAGGGAAGGAGACUGUGUGGGGAUUUGGAGAGGAAACGGAGCCAUGGGCAAGUGAGCUGGUUUAUUCAAUUGACUUAUGGCAGGAUCAAGUUCAAUACUUCGUGGAAGAGGUCAUCGGAGAACCGGUUUUUGUUGUCGGGAAUUCACUUGGAGGAUUCGUCGCACUAUACUUUGCUGCAAGCAACCCACACUUGGUCAAGGGUGUUACCCUGCUGAAUGCUACCCCCUUUUGGGGGUUUCUUCCUAACCCCGUGAGAUCUCCAAGAUUGGCUAGGAUAUUUCCAUGGGCUGGGACAUUUCCUCUGCCUUCCAGAGUCAGAAAGCUCACAGAAAUUGUUUGGCAGAAAAUAAGUGAUCCAAGGAGCAUAGCCGAGGUGCUCAAGCAGGUUUAUGCAGAUCAUUCAACAAAUGUCGACAAAGUCGUUUCCCGUAUACUUGAAACAGCAGAACAUCCAGCUGCUGCUGCCUCAUUUGCCUCUAUCAUGUUUGCUCCUCAGGGACAAUUGUCUUUCAACGAGGCUCUAUCUGGAUGUCGGAAGAACAAUAUGCCUGUCUGCCUUAUGUAUGGAAAAGAAGACCCAUGGGUGAAGCCUGUCUGGGGCCUUCAGGUUAAAAGACAAGUACCCGAAGCUCCAUACUACGAGAUCAGCCCUGCAGGUCACUGCCCUCAUGAUGAAGUUCCUGAGGUGGUGAAUUUUUUGUUACGAGGAUGGAUUAAGAACCUAGAAUCACAGGGCUCAGUGGCAUUGCCUCUGCUCGAUGACUUGGAAACUAUUCAGCACAGCGUUGCAAAGGAUUUAGAAUUUGCGAGAGAAGGGGCAAAAAGAUCUGUCAAAGUGAGAUUCGUCGGAUCAACAUCCUUACUUUGGAAUAGGAUAAGCUCUUUCAUUGGAUCCCAUGUUGGGAAAUUGAAACUGAAAUCUUGAUUUUAGACCCUAAGGUUGAGAGAAGAAAUGUAAGAUGGAUACUCAAAGGUGCAAAUGUAGUCUUUAAGUUGAUAGUUUUUCAUCUGCAAUGUAAUGGUUUGUAAUCAAGCGCUUUCUCUUUGUUUUAGAUUAACCCGAUGUAACUAGUGAAAGGGAAAUGUUAAUGUCAUAGUCAUGAUUAUACACAAUUACACAUUUUGAGAUUGGAGAAAUCCGUUUUUCUGGCAG